CGGGCGGAGCGGGGCGGGCGGAGCGCGGCGCGUGGGGCUCGCCAUUAGCCGUCGCUCCGCAUCGCCAUCUCGGGCUUUGUCUGGAGACUCGCUGCCCCGGCGUCGGCAGCUGCGGAGCUGCGACUCCGCUCUUCCGCCCGCCGGAGUGCCAGGUCCCCCCGGCCCUCACUAGCACCCACACGAUCGGGUGAGGUGGCUUUGACCCCGGGUUGCCCGGCCAGCGCGACCGAGGAGGUGGCUGGACAGCUGGAGAAUGAACGGAGAAGCAGACUGUCCCACAGACCUGGAAAUGGCCGCCCCCAAAGGCCAAGACCGCUGGUCCCAGGAAGAUAUGCUGACUUUGCUGGAGUGCAUGAAGAACAACCUUCCAUCCAACGAUAGCUCCAAGUUCAAAACCACAGAGUCGCAUAUGGACUGGGAAAAGGUGGCUUUUAAGGAUUUCUCGGGAGACAUGUGCAAGCUCAAAUGGGUGGAGAUCUCAAAUGAGGUGAGGAAGUUCCGUACACUGACGGAAUUGAUUCUUGAUGCUCAGGAACAUGUUAAAAAUCCUUACAAAGGCAAAAAACUCAAGAAACACCCAGAUUUCCCAAAGAAGCCUCUCACACCUUAUUUCCGCUUCUUCAUGGAGAAACGGGCCAAAUAUGCGAAACUCCACCCUGAGAUGAGCAACCUGGACCUGACCAAGAUUCUAUCUAAGAAAUACAAGGAGCUUCCAGAGAAGAAGAAGAUGAAAUAUAUUCAGGACUUCCAGAGGGAGAAACAGGAGUUCGAGCGAAACCUGGCCCGAUUCAGGGAGGAUCACCCUGACCUUAUCCAGAAUGCCAAGAAGUCGGACAUCCCUGAGAAGCCCAAAACUCCCCAGCAACUGUGGUAUACCCAUGAGAAGAAGGUGUAUCUCAAAGUGCGGCCGGAUGCCACUACGAAGGAGGUGAAGGACUCCCUGGGGAAGCAGUGGUCUCAGCUCUCGGACAAAAAGAGGCUGAAAUGGAUUCAUAAGGCCCUGGAGCAGCGGAAGGAGUACGAGGAGAUUAUGCGUGAUUAUAUACAGAAGCACCCCGAGCUUAACAUCAGCGAGGAAGGAAUCACCAAAUCUACCCUCACCAAGGCCGAACGCCAGCUCAAGGACAAGUUUGAUGGGCGACCCACCAAGCCACCUCCGAACAGCUACUCCUUGUACUGUGCAGAGCUCAUGGCCAACAUGAAGGAUGUGCCCAGCACGGAGCGCAUGGUGCUAUGCAGCCAGCAGUGGAAGCUGCUCUCCCAGAAGGAAAAGGAUGCAUAUCACAAGAAGUGCGACCAGAAAAAGAAAGAUUAUGAGGUAGAACUGCUGCGGUUCCUGGAGAGCUUGCCCGAGGAGGAACAGCAGCGGGUCCUCGGGGAGGAAAAGAUGUUGAACAUCAAUAAGAAGCAGACCACCAGUCCAGCCUCUAAGAAGCCUUCUCAGGAAGGUGGCAAGGGCGGCUCUGAAAAGCCCAAGCGGCCUGUGUCUGCCAUGUUCAUUUUCUCAGAGGAGAAGCGCCGGCAGCUACAGGAGGAGCGGCCUGAGCUCUCAGAAAGCGAGCUUACCCGCCUGCUGGCCCGCAUGUGGAACGACUUGUCCGAGAAGAAGAAGGCUAAAUAUAAGGCCCGAGAGGCUGCUCUGAAGGCCCAGUCUGAGAGGAAGCCAGGUGGAGAGCGUGAAGAGCGGGGCAAGCUGCCUGAGUCACCCAAGAGAGCUGAGGAAAUCUGGCAGCAGAGUGUCAUCGGAGAUUAUCUGGCUCGCUUCAAGAAUGACCGGGUGAAAGCCUUGAAGGCCAUGGAGAUGACAUGGAACAACAUGGAAAAGAAGGAGAAGCUGAUGUGGAUUAAGAAGGCAGCAGAAGACCAAAAACGAUAUGAGAGGGAGUUAAGUGAGAUGCGGGCCCCUCCAGCUGCUCCGAACUCUUCCAAGAAGAUGAAGUUCCAGGGGGAGCCCAAGAAACCUCCCAUGAACGGUUACCAGAAGUUCUCCCAGGAGCUGCUGUCCAACGGGGAGCUGAAUCACCUGCCACUGAAGGACCGCAUGGUAGAGAUUGGCAGCCGCUGGCAGCGCAUCUCCCAGAGCCAGAAGGAGCACUAUAAAAAGCUGGCCGAGGAGCAGCAGAAACAGUACAAGGUGCACUUGGAUCUCUGGGUCAAGAGCCUGUCUCCCCAGGACCGUGCAGCAUACAAAGAGUACAUCUCCAAUAAACGUAAGAACAUGACUAAGCUUCGAGGCCCAAAUCCUAAGUCCAGCCGGACCACCCUGCAGUCUAAGUCGGAGUCGGAGGAUGAGGAGGACGAGGAGGAGGAUGACGACGAUGACGAGGAGGAAGAGGAAGAUGAUGAGAAUGGGGACUCCUCCGAGGAUGGAGGGGACUCUUCUGAGUCUAGCAGCGAAGACGAGAGCGAGGAUGGAGAUGAGAACGAGGAUGACGAUGAGGACGACGAUGACGACGAGGAUGACGACGAGGAUGAAGACAAUGAGUCUGAGGGCAGCAGCUCCAGCUCUUCCUCUUCAGGGGACUCCUCAGACUCUGACUCCAACUAAGGCUCACCCCCCACCCUGGGCAGGCAGCCAAGGAGAGCCACUGCAGAGCUCCCUCCCCAACUGACCACCUUUGUCUCUCCCUGUGUUCUGUCCCCUGUCCCCUCAGCCUCCCCCACUUUCUUUCUUUCUUCCUUUUUUCUUUUUUUUUUUUUAAAAAAAAAUCAGUGGGGGUAGGAGGCUGCAUGAGCCCAGGCUAGGACUCUGCAGUCUUGGAGCCAUCAGCUCCAGGGGUUCUCCAGGGACAGCAACCAUCAGACUGAGCCAGCAUUGGACCGACCCACCCCAUCCCCCUUCCGCACUUGCAGUGCUGACGUGGACAAUGGACCAGGGAGUUUGGGGGUGGGAGCGUGUCCUGAAGAGUUUGGUGAGGCCUCCACACCUGCAGCCUGCACCAAGGUGGAUGUUCAGGGGAGCCUUUCCUUCCCAGAGGGGCUUGCCGCCUGAACUCCCACAUUGAACUGGAGGGAAAGAAGGGUGCUGCCUUCAAGAAAGUGGGCAGUGUCCAUGCCCCUCUCCCCUGCCCCUGCAGGAAAGAGCUGCCUGGACCCGUUCAUGGGGGAGGGGCAGAGUGUUUUUUAUAUAUGUGUAUAUAUUUUUUUUUUAAGCGCUGAGCUGUCAACGAGACGUUUCCUACCGA